CGCAGUCGCUGGUUUCAUUUCCCCCUUGACUCCCCUGUCUUUUUCCCUUUUCGUUGUGCGCAGUCGCGGAGGAACGAGAUUGAACACGAGGAGAAUCCGAGAGACGAGGCGGCAAGGUUCUUGAUGCAACAAGAAAUGUAAUUUUGUUUGCGUGAACACUUAUCAAAUGCUCCUUUUGUUGAAAGUGGAACUUAGUGAUUCUUGUUUUUUUGGGAGUUGGUGUAUUAUAGAGUCCAAGAACCAUGAGUGGUCCUCCAAAAAGAUCACAUGAUGAAGCCGCAUUUACCAUGAAACGACCUCUUGAAGAUGCUACUGCGUUUUCAAAUCCAAGUGGAAAAUCAACUCAAUCUGUUAUAAAUGACUAUCAUCCACCUUUUGAAUCUGGCUUAGAUGGGCGAUUGGCAAAAGGCUCACGGUCUGAAUCCCGUGAUGUUGAUAAAAGAUAUGGUGUUGGUGUUCUUCCACUUUAUCGAGUUUCUUCAUCUAAUGAUCCUGCACUUGAAACAAGUGCGGAUGCUAGGUCAGAUACAAGGGAAUUGAAGGACAACAGAGAUUCAAGAUCUGAAGUUAGAGAGGCAAAGGUAGAUGCUAGGGAGCUAUAUGGAGAUUCACGGUUAGAUUCUCAAUUGUUGAAAGCUGACAAAGACACAAGGUUAGAAAGUAGAGGAGAUGACAAAGAUCUCAAAGCUGAGAGAGAGACCAUAACAAAUUUUAAAUAUGAAAGUAAAAUGGAAAAGGAUGCAUAUGUAGGAGGAGCGACACACUUGAGCUGGAAAGACCCUAAAGAUCAUCAUCGAAAGCGAUACCAGGAUCCAUCAUUUGAUAGUUAUGAACCUUGGCGAGUUUCGCGGAGUAUGUUGCAUGGAUCUGAUGAGAUAACUAAAAGUAACAUACCAAGUGAAGACAAGGAGUACUUUGAAACUCGAGAGGCUGUUGGGGAGAACAAGGUUGAGUGGAAGAGUGAAGAGAAAUUCAGGGAUAAGGAGCGAAAAAGGAAAGAUGAGAAAUCUAGGGAUUGGAUAGAGAGAGAAAAGGAGAAGAGCGAUCGCCGUAAAGAUCCUCAGCAUGCUAUCGGCAACAAUGAGCGUAGAGAAUCUGCAAGAGUUGAAAGAGAGCUUGACAGAUCAGAAAAGGAAAGCAUGGAUGGUGGAAAAGACAAGGAAAGGCUAAAAGAUAGGGAAAAGGAGCAUGUAAAGAGAGAAAUGCAGGAUACCAAUGAAAAAGAGUGUGUGCAGGGUGACAAGGAACACAUAGAGGGAACUACUAAGGGGAAUGAACCAGAAACUGCAGCUUUUGAUCCAAAGCGAACAAAAGAAUUUGAAGCAUGGAAAGCCGGUGAAAGAGAUUCCAAAGAUAGGAAACGAGAAAGAGAUCAAGAUAAUGAAGGAGAUAGACAAGAAAAGCGUGGCAGGUCCUAUGAAAAGGAUGCUGAUGAUGGAUUUGCAGGGGAUGGGUCAACAGAGAGGGAGAGGGAAGGAUUUAAUUAUGGAGUUCAACAACGUAGAAGAAUGCUUCGACCAAGGGGGACUCUUCAAUCAGCAAGUAGGGAAUCUCGGCGCUCUCGUCAAAGAGAUAACGAAGGGUCUCAAGGAAAACCUGAGUUAUCAACUGUAGUAUACAAGGUUGGUGAAUGCAUGCAAGAGCUUGUAAAAUUGUGGAAGGAAUUUGAAGGAUCUCAAAGUGGCAAAACUGAAGUGUCUCAGAAUGGAAAAAAUGAAGAUGGUGGUCACAGUGAAGGUCCAACUCUGGAGAUCAGAAUACCAACUGAAUAUGUGACCGCCACAAACCGUCAGGUUAGAGGUGGCCAGUUAUGGGGAACAGAUGUGUAUACUGAUGAUUCAGAUCUAGUUGCAGUUCUCAUGCAUACUGGCUACUGUCGUCCAACGGCCUCCUCCCCACCAUCAGCUAUCCAGGAAUUUCGUGCACAUAUCAGAGUGCUUCCACCACAGGAAUGUUACAUUUCAACAUUGAGAAACAAUGUUCGCUCUCGUGCUUGGGGUGCUGCUACUGGUUGUAGUUAUCGUGUUGAACGAUGCUGCAUUGUGAAGAAAGGUGGUGGCAGCAUUGAUCUAGAACCUUGUCUUACACACACUUCAGCCGUGGAGCCAACUUUAGCACCAGUUUCCACUGAGCGUACCAUAACAACUAGAUCUGCUGCAUCCAAUGCAUUUCGCCUUCAAAGACUCGUGCGUGAAGUUACAAUACAGUAUAACCUAUGCAAUGAGCCGUGGGUUAAAUACAGCUUAGGUACAGUUGCAGAUAAGGGUCUGAAAAAACCACUUUUCACAUCUGCUAGGUUGAAGAAGGGCGAAGUGUUGUACGUUGAAACACAUUCAAACAGGUAUGAGCUCUGCUACAAUGGGGAAAAACCUGUUGGCAGUGUAACUAUAAAUUCCAAUACACAAGAAAAAGGCUCUGCUGAACCUGAGAAGCAUACAAAUAAUCAAUCUCAUGCUCAAAACGGGGAUCGCCAUCCUGCCCGGAUAUGUAAUGGUGGUGAAAGAGAGCCUCUUGUGGAUGUUUUUAGAUGGUCACGUUGCAAGCAGCCUCUUCCACAAAAGGUCGUGCGCUCCUUUGGCAUACCUUUGCCCAUUGAACAUCUAGAGGUUUUGGAGGAGAAUCUUGACUGGGAAGAUGUGCAGUGGUCACAGACUGGAGUUUGGAUUGCUGGGAAAGAAUAUGUGCUUGCUCGUGUGCAUUUUCUUUCCCCGAAUUAGCUCUCAGGUCUGUAAUAUGUAUUUCUUUAUCUCCGACUUGUGAAUCUUGUUAGAAAUGCCAAUGUUGUAAUACACGAAGGGAAAUGAUGUUCAUGAGUUACCAUUAUCUCAUUUGUAAAUGGUUGACUGGCAAGUAUGCAGAGAUUCAGAAGGUAAGCACAACAUGCAUGCAGAUACUCAGAAGGUAAGCACAACAUGCAUGUAUUCUUGCAUAUUUAAUGGCCAGUUAACUGCUAGUACUUGAAGAUCGUGUGUAGACUGCGAAAAACGCUGAAGCAAGUUGGCGUUACUGCCCUGCUGCUGCCUGUCAAAGAUGAAUGAAGUGCCAAUGCAGCUAUUUUUUUGA